AACCUCUAACUUUAAGUGUGCACUCUCCGCGGACUGCGUGCUGGAAGUGGAAGAAAUGGAGAAAUACCAGGAGAAUUGUUCAUUUGAUUAUAACGAAGAUAAGCAGAAGGGUGUGUGUAUGAUAAAAGAAGAGUUCAUUAUUGAGGCUCAUGUGAGACAGUUGAGCGAAGAGUGCUUGACAGAGACCGAUAAGAAGAAGGUAUCUCUAGAUGCAAACGCGAUAGAUGCAACGGAUGAACCAUCCGCUAAGAGACUGAAGGAAGACAAGAAGGAAAAGCUCAGAGGUCAAAAUAAGGCAAGACCACCUCCGUUCAAGGCUUCGAAAGAGUUGAGUCUCUGUCCCUGGAUUGCGGAUCAAACGGUUGAUGAAUCCAAGAGAAAAUGUUCAAAUCAGCGCUGCACCUUUCUGCACGAUCGGAACGAAUAUUUGAAGAUAAGACCAGAGGACAUUGGUACGAGAUGUCACGUUUUCGAACUGACUGGUAAGUGCCCAAGAGGGCUCACGUGCAGAAUGGGUUUACAACAUUUGACCAAAGACGGUUUCAAUAUUAUCGACGAGAAGAAAUUCAAGGAAUAUAACGAGCAUUUGCCAGCAAUCAGUAAUCACUUACGCAAGGAUCUGCAAUACAAAUUGCGAAAGCGCAACUACGAUUUUUCCAAGGCAGAAGCAAUUGUCAAGGCCAACGAUCCGUCGAGAAAGAAGACACAAGAGAGAAUUUCGAAAAAUGGAACGGAGACGGAGGAUAAUCUGAAAUCGAACGACGUGAUCGCAAAGUCGAUCACUGUUGCCGACAAUGGCAAUGGUCGUGGAGUGAAUAAAGAUAUUUGUGCCAACAAUUGCGAGAAAACGAAAUCGGAUGCUUCCGUUUGCGCAGAUAUAUUGGAUAGAAAAGAAGGAACAGAGGAAACGAGGAUCGGACCGGUCGACGAGAGCGAUCUCAUCAGAUCACGACGGUUGGAGAAGAAGCGAUUCGACUGGAAUGGCAAAAUACUGCUGAGUCCGUUGACGACGGUGGGUAAUUUGCCGUUUCGAAGGAUCUGUAAGGAAUACGGCGCCGAUAUCACCUGUGGCGAGAUGGCAUUGGCACCAAAGAUAUUGAAAGGCGCGCCAGAAGAAUGGGCGUUGGUGAAGCGGCAUGAAAGUGAAGACAUCUUCGGUGUGCAGCUUUGCGGCAACAAUCCAGGAGUCUUGACGCGAUGCGCUCAACUACUGAGUCGCGAAAUUAAUGUGGAUUACAUCGAUUUAAAUCUCGGUUGUCCUAUCGAUCUGAUUUAUAGGCAUGGCGGCGGUAGUGGCAUGCUCAAUCGAUUAAACGUUCUCGAAACCGUGGUAAAGUCUGUCAGUCAGGUGUUGGACAUACCGUUAUCCGUUAAGACUAGAACAGGAGUGUACAUGGACAAACCGAUCGCGCAUAACUUGAUGCCACGAUUUCGGGACUGGGGUGUGUCGAUGAUUACCGUUCACGGUAGAUCCCGUGAGCAGAGAUAUACCAAGCUGGCUGAUUGGGAGUACAUAGAAAAGUGUGCAGUAGCGGCGCAACCGAUACCUGUAUUCGGCAACGGCGAUAUCCUGUCUUUUGACGACUAUCAACGAGUAAAAGAGAUUUACGGUACGGUGCAAGGUGUCACGAUCGGCCGCGGAGCAUUGAUCAAACCGUGGAUUUUUACCGAGAUCAAGGAAGGGAAGUUAAUUGAUAUAUCGAGUUCCGAACGAUUUGAUAUUCUGAAAAAGUACACGAAUUAUGGACUCGAGCAUUGGGGAUCAGACACCCGUGGCAUCGAAACCACUAGGAGGUUUAUGCUAGAAUGGAUUUCUUUUCUUCAUAGAUAUGUGCCAGUUGGACUUUUGGAGAGACCACCACAGAGAAUUAAUGAGAGACCACCAUUUUACAGAGGUCGCGACGAUAUGGAGACACUGAUGGCCAGUUCCAACUGCGCCGACUGGGUGAAAUUGUCCGAGAUGUUACUUGGAAAAGUGCCUAACGGAUUCCAUUUCUUACCAAAGCAUAAAGCAAAUUCGUGGAAGUAAACUCACAAAGAAAGAUGUUUUUCGCACUAAACUUUUUAUCUUGUAUAAGUUUUUGCGACAAAUAAUUUAACAGGAGUAUAUAAGUACAGUAGUAUAAAAGAAGAAACUAUCGGGGUGUAAUGACACUGUUUAUUAUAUCCCAUUUAUUUGUUUUAUAAUACUUGAGAUAAUAUUUUUGAGAGAGAGAGAGAGAGAGGAAAUGAAAUGAGGUGAGAGAAAGAUUAUGUUUAUUGGAAAUACAUGUUCCAUAGUUUUCUCAUGUAUUGCUAUGCAACGAAUUUUUGUCUUUACUAAUAAAUGUGAAUUUACUACU